CGGCUGCAGAAAGACCUCGAGUCAGAAAGACCCACCCAGGAGAGCGCGCGGUGCGUUGCGCGCGCCUGGAACUCUGCAGAGAGCAGCGGCGCCCGGUCGAGACGGUACCCGAUCCGAACUCUCCUCCCGGCACCGCGAUGGCGGCCCUGGAGUUGUACCUGGAUCUUUUCUCCCAGCCGUGUCGCUCGGUUUACAUCUUCGCCAAGAAGAACGACAUUCCCUUCGAGUACCGAAAGAUCUCGCUGUUCGAAGGUGAGCAGUACGGAGAAGAAUUUGGGAAGAUAAAUAUGAUGAGGAAAGUCCCCGCCAUUCGCGAUGGAGACUUCUGCUUGGCCGAAAGUAUUGCCAUAAUGCUGUACAUGGCAGAGAAGUUCAAGACCCCAGACUUCUGGUACCCAUCUGACCAGCAGCAGCGAGCUCGUGUGAAUGAGUACUUGUCUUGGCAACAUAUGGCUAUACGCAUGAACGGAUCCAAAUUUUUCUGGCUCAAGCUGUUGAUUCCCAAGGUUCUGUGUGUGGAGGUCCCCCAAGACAAGAUGGACGCAGCCUUGGAGGACCUGAACGGCUCUCUGCAACUCAUCGAAGACAAGUUCAUCCAGGACCGGCCCUUCAUUGCAGGAGAACAAGUUUCACUGGCCGACCUGGUUGCCAUUGUUGAGAUCAUGCAGCCCGUGGGCGCCGGCUUGGAUGUGUUCGAAGGGAGGCCUAAACUGAGCGCCUGGCGGGACAGGGUCCAGGCGGCCAUCGGAAAGGAGCUUUUUGACGAAGCCCACAAGGGUAUAAUGGCUGCUCAAGAGAUGGUGAAAUCCAUGGACACCAGCAAGAUGCAGUUCUUCAAGCCCAAGAUUGUGCGACUGUUUCUGUGAGAAGUUUCCAGAAUGUUUGUUCUAUCAGCUCUCACGCUUUAGCCAUGCCGACAGCACCGUUGAUUGCAAAACAUGGUUUCAAUAUUUUUGCUGAACAGCGGAGUCAUGUGUAUAUUCUAAGCUGUAUUAUAACACUUGUAUGAAUCCAGGCAUACUAAUGAUGCACCGGGUUUUAACAAUAAGAGCACCGCUUAAGUUUUGCACUCUUGAGUAACACUAUUUCAUUUAUAACAACCGAGCCAGUGAGACGGUCAGAAUUGUGGGCACAAGAAGGCCAUGUUGCAUAAUGUCAUUGUGUACUCAAGCAGAUGGAGCAAUGUGAGAAAGCCACUCCGCCUGCAGCAGGAUGGAUAUUACUGCUGUCUAGAAUAGGCGUCUUUGUCCAGAAACAAUAUCAAACUUGGGAGUAGGGACCAGAGAAAUUAAUACCGGUUUUCCCCUUAUUAUGUGAAUGUAAACCACUGUGCCCACAUAACGAUAAAUGUGAACAAUCCUACAAAGCCUUAAUAAACUUAAUCUUUUGUGUUCUUUGUCA